CAAAAACGGGGUAAGAAACAAGCCCGACCUCGGGAUGGGGCGAGGAUAUUAAAUCGGAAUUUAAGAAUAUAUUUUUUGAGAACAGCUCAGGGCUAACAGGGGGCAGCAUGCUUGGAGGUGGGGCACCGCGGAGAAACAUCAGCCACACCCCGGAGAACAGCUAAUGUUAACGGUAGCCUGGGAGCUAUCGAAGCUAAGCUAGCCAAUUAGCUCCGGCUAGUAACGGCGGAGAGGACAACUGGCGAGUCUCUGCCUGAACCAGAUCAACCAGCGGCGUGAUUUUGAAACCGUUUAUUGAUUUCACGGUCGGGACUUCGGUGGAAAUGGGCCAAACAUCGUGUUGAUUGUCUGCCGAGAGAGGAGACCCGGGCUAUGAGGAUAGAGGCUCGCUAGCUCGGCUGCUAACAGUUGUUUUUCGUUCCGGAGCGGAACCACAAUAAGCCGCGGCCCUGGCCAUGCCCUCGAGUGCACGGGCGGGCAAUCUGAAAGACCCCGAAGUGGCAGACCUCUUCUGUAAAGAUGAUCCGGAGAAGCUGUUCGCGGACCUCCGUGAGAUCGGCCAUGGCAGCUUCGGAGCUGUUUACUUUGCCCGAGACGUGCGCAACAAUGAGGUGGUGGCCAUCAAGAAAAUGUCGUACAGCGGCAAACAAACAAACGAGAAAUGGCAGGACAUCAUUAAAGAGGUGAAGUUCCUGCAGAAGCUUCGCCACCCGAACACCAUCGAGUACCGAGGAUGUUACUUGAAGGAGCACACGGCCUGGCUGGUGAUGGAGUACUGCCUCGGCUCGGCCUCGGACCUCCUCGAAGUUCACAAAAAGCCGCUCCAGGAAAUAGAAAUUGCUGCUAUUACCCAUGGUGCACUGCAGGGAUUAGCAUAUCUUCACUCUCACAACAUGAUUCACAGGGACGUGAAAGCAGGAAACAUCCUGCUGACGGAGCCGGGUCAGGUCAAACUGGGAGACUUCGGUUCUGCUUCCAUCGUGGCUCCGGCUAACUCCUUCGUGGGGACUCCGUACUGGAUGGCUCCGGAGGUGAUCUUGGCGAUGGAUGAAGGCCAGUAUGACGGUAAAGUGGACGUCUGGUCGCUGGGCAUCACCUCCAUAGAGCUGGCGGAGAGGAAGCCCCCUCUCUUCAACAUGAACGCUAUGAGUGCCUUAUAUCACAUCGCUCAGAAUGAAAGCCCCAUCCUCCAGUCCAACCACUGGUCUGAUUCCUUCCGCAACUUUGUUGACUCUUGCCUACAGAAGAUUCCCCAGGACCGGCCUACCUCGGACGUGCUGCUAAAUCAUCGGUUCUUGUGCCGCGAGCGGCCGCUGACGGUCAUCAUGGACCUGAUCGCUCGAACCAAGGACGCAGUGAGGGAGCUGGACAACCUGCAGUACCGCAAGAUGAAAAAGAUCCUGUUCCAGGAGACGCAGCAGAACGGACCGGUGUCUGAGGGAGGAGAGGACGAGGAGGAGGUGGAGCAGUACCUGCUGCGGACCGGGACAGUGAACAGCAUGGAGAGCUCCCAGUCCGUCCCCAGUAUGUCCAUCUCAGCCAGUUCCCAGAGCAGCUCCGUCAACAGCCUGGCUGACGCCUCCGACGACAGCAGCAGCGAGAUGGCCAUGAUGCAGGAGGGAGAGCACACCGUCACCUCCAACAGCUCCAUCAUCCACCGGCCCACGGGUCAGGAUAACAUCUAUGAUGACCCGUACCAGCCUGAGAUGGACCAGCCUCAGGCUCCCUCAGCUGGACGCCGUCGGGCGUACUACCGUAACCGCGACCACUUCGCCACCAUCCGAACCGCCUCGUUGGUGACCCGUCAGAUCCAGGAGCACGAGCAGGGCUCUGCGCUGCGGGAGCAGAUGUCCGGGUACAAGCGUAUGCGGCGGCAGCACCAGAAGCAGCUGAUGGGGCUGGAGAACAAGCUGAAGGCAGAGAUGGACGAGCACCAGCUGAAGCUGGACAAAGAGCUGGAGAACCAGAGGAACAGCUUCUCCACUGAGGCCGACAAGCUGGCCAAGAAACACCAGGCCAUUUUAGAGAAGGAGACCAAAGCUGCUCUGGCAGAAGAGAAGAAGUUCCAGCAGCACAUCCUGGGCCAGCAGAAGAAAGAGCUCACCAGUUUACUGGAGUCACAGAAACGCCAGUACCGCCAGCGCAAAGACCAGCUGAAGGAGGAGCUGAACGAGAACCAGUCGACUCCGAAGCGUGAGAAACAGGAGUGGCUGAUCCGUCAGAAGGAAUGUCUGCAGCAGAUGCAGGCGGAGGAGGAGGCGAGCCUGCUGCGGCGGCAGCGGCAGUACUACGAGCUGCAGUGUCGCCAGUACAAGAGGAAGAUGCUGCUCGCUCGCCACAACCUGGAGCAGGACCUGCUGAGAGAGGACCUGAACAAGAAGCAGACCCAGAAGGAUCUGGAGUGCGCCAUGCUGCUGCGGCACCACGAGUCCACCCAGGAGCUAGAGUUCAGGCAGCUGGGCUCGGUGCAGCGGACCCGGGCCGACCUGAUCCGGACGCAGCACCAGACCGAGCUCACCAACCAGAUGGAGUACAACAAGCGCCGGGAGCAGGAGCUGAGGCAGAAGCACACCAUGGAGGUCCGGCAGCAGCCCAAGAGCCUCAAGUCCAAAGAGCUGCAGAUCAAGCGUCAGUUCCAGGAGACCUGUAAGAUCCAGACCCGUCAGUACAAAGCCCUGAGGAACCACCUGCUGGAGAGCACUCCCAAGUCCGACCACAAGGCUGUCCUCAAACGCCUCAAAGAGGAGCAGACACGUAAGCUGGCCAUCCUGGCCGAGCAGUACGACCACUCCAUCAACGACAUGCUGUCCACACAGGCUGUGAGUAAGCUGCGUCUGGAUGAGACGCAGGAGGCGGAGUACCAGGUGCUGAGGAUGCAGCUGCAGCAGGAGCUGGAGCUGCUCAACGCCUACCAGAGCAAGAUCAAGAUCCACACCGACACCCAGCACGAGCGCGAGGUAAAGGACCUGGAGCAGAGGGUGUCCAUCCGCCGGGCGCUGCUGGAGCAACGGAUCGAGGAGGAGAUGCUCUCGCUGCAGAACGAGCGCUCGGAGCGGAUCAGGACUCUGCUGGAGCGCCAGGCCCACGAGAUCGAGGCCUUUGACUCGGAGAGCAUGCGUCUGGGCUUCAGCAACAUGGCGUUGAGCGGGAUCCCUGCCGAGGCCUUCAACCAGGGCUACCCGACCCCCAGCCCGUCCUCGGGCUCCGGCGGCUGGCCCUCGCGGCCCGUCCCGCGCUCCGGGAGCCACUGGAGCCACAGCGUGCAGAACUCGGUGUCCACUCCGUCCUGGCGCAGCCAGAACCACGGCGGCGGAGGCUUCGGCCGUGCCGAGUCCAUCACCUCGUCCCACGGCCUCGGCAGGGACAGCGAGUUGCACAAGAGCAGCCGCGGCUCCACCUCCUCCUCGUCCUCCUCCCACUCCUCCUCCCACCACCACCACCACCACCACCACCAGCAGCAGCAGCAGCAGCAGCACUACCUCCCGCAGCACUACCAGCACCACCAGAGCACGCCGCAGCUGUACCGCGACAGCCACGACAGCCGGGAGCGAGACCGCGCCAGGGAGUGGGCGGGCGGCGGUGGCGGCGGGGGCGUGCACUACCCCCACCACUCCCAGGCCCACCACCACCACCUGGCUACCCACGCCUCCUCCCAGUCUCUGGCUCUGCUGCCUCCCCCGCCGCCACCUCCGCCCAUCUCCCUCUCCUCCUCCUCCCCCCCCUCCUCCGCAUCCUCAUCUUCGUCGUCGCAGGGCGGCUACGGCGGCGGCGGCCUGAGCAUCCGGGGCCCCAGCCUGAUGGCGCUCAGGAACAGCCCCCAGCCUCUGAGGAGGACGGCAUCAGGAGGGCCGGGCGGUGGCGGCAGCGAUGGCGGGCUGAGCCGCAGCACGUCAGUCACUUCCCACAUCUCCAACGGCUCGCACCUCUCCUACUCAUGAAACACCUGGUCUGGUCACAUCUGAUCAGAUUUCGUCUGGUCUGGUCACGUCACAUCAGAUUUGGUCUGGUCUGGUCUAGUCUAGUCUAGUUUAGUCUGAUCCGGUCCGAUCCAAUCCGUUCUGACCUGAUCUGGUCUGGUCUUGAGUGGUCCUGUAAAGAAAGAGGUUUCAGUUUUUAGUUAUUUUUAGAGGCUCCAUGGUGCCUCAGAGAAACUAACCCUCGUUUUAAAGUGUAAAUUUUAACGUCUCCUUUCUCAAAGUUUGCUGGGACAGAAAAAGUUCCUGACGCACACGAAGAGAAAGAGAGGAAGCCAUUUUUAUUUUAUUUUUCUUAGUAUUAACCCCCCGAGCGUUCAAGAGUUGCACAGUGACGAAACAAAACGAUCCCAAAAAAAUAAAAAAAAUGAGCCAUGUGCUGCAAAAUGAACAUGUGGAGCUGUGACACAUCUGACUUUAGGAAAAAACAAAUAAACUUGAAUCUGUUUGUUCAUUUUGCGUCACGUUGAAUCUGUUGCACGGAGACGCAGCAAGCUCGUUAGCUUCCACUCUAAAACCACUGUAACUAUGUAAAUAACAGGAACCAGCUUUUAAUUUGUAGGUGUCGGCGGGCGGGCGGGGCGACCAAGGGAAGACUUCUUGAAACACAUUUUCUUUUUAUUUGUAGUGAUCAAUAAGAUUCUGUAUAUGACAAUUAAAGAAACACUGCCAUCUGUUUGCUGGGCUGCAGAGACAACUCUUCUACACUGCCCUUUAAGUCUCUGGAGGAGCUUUGCUGUUUUAAUUCCACAUGACGAGUUAUCAGAGAUCUGUGUUCAGUGCAGACGUUUACACUCUAAACACUCAAAAUAAAAUAAUUUUACCCAAAAAUAUUAAAACAUCAGUUUUGCAAUAAAAAAUAUUUUUUCCGCUCAGUGAUGACCUGUCGUUCAUGCCAAUGUAUUUAAUGACGUCCUAGUUUUUUAUUCACAUUUUUUGUUCAUUUCAUAAUGCUGCUGAUGUGUAAAAUGACAAAAAAUCCUUAUAAUAAGAAAGUAAAUUUGAAUAAUUCACUUACUUAAUUUAAUAUUUGGCAAUUUUCAGGUUCACUCAGAUUUUUUUGUCUUAUAUUUUCAGUCAUUUUGAAAGAAAAACGACAAAUAUAAAUCAUUUAUUUAUUUUUUUCCCACGAAGUACCCAGGCAUUCUGUAAUCACACCCAGGCCUAGACGAUAAACAGGAUCAUUUCUUUUUUCCACAUUUCUGCACUGAACUCACAAGAAAGAAAAUAAGCUGGUGAUUUUAUUUGAUAGUUUUAAUAAUUUGCUUCCUUAUUUCACACAAAUUAAUUAUUUAAUACUAUACAUUUCUGAUCUUUCAAGUCAAUUUUAAAUUUGUUUUUCAUUCACAAAUGUAGUAUUUCAGUCAUUUUGAAAUCAAUAAAAACCUAAACACCCUGGUGUACUGUAACACGACCCAGACCUAAGAGACAAAAGCCUAAAAAUUAGAAUUAUUAUUUUUUAAAUCCACAUUUCUGCACUGAACUCACAGAGAAAAACAAACUAACGUUGAUUUAAUGUAACUCAAAUUAAAACAGCAAAUAAUAAAACGUCCCAGCAGCAGAAUGUGGGACUGCUCCUUUAACGGGACGCUGCCAGAGAGUAUUUUUGAGUGAGCCGAGCACUAAAUCUGUGUUUGCUGAAAGUGUGUGUGUGUGUGUGUGUGUGUGUGUGUGUGCGUGUGUGCGUGUGUGCGUGUGUGCGUGUGUGCGUGUGUGCGUGCGUGCGUGCGUGCGUGCGUGCGUGCGUGCGUGCGUGCGUGCGUGCGUGUGUGUGUGUGUGUGCGUGUGCGCAGCUUACCUCCACCUCCACCUGUUGUUCCCCUUCUCACAGUCUGCUCUGCAUCUGUACAUAACAUGUUACAUUUAAAAAAGAAAAAGAAAAAAAAUUAGUACAAUUCAGUGCAUGUAACUUUGUGUACAGACGGCAUUUGUAUGGAUAAAAAUGCACACUACCUAUUUAUAUAAAUGCAUAUAAAUGUAAGAUACCUGCAGAAGAGGCAGGUGUGCUGAAGAUUGUUCACUGUCCAACACUUUGACUUGCAUUGUACUUCCCAGUGUACAUAAAGCACUAACCAACGAGACGGAAUAAUAAUGAUUCUCGGUGUUGUAGACAAAUAGAUGCUAUCAUUAUUAUUAUUACCUCUACUGCAGCUGUAAUAUUUAUGUUGUAUGCUAAUUUUUAAAAAUGUAAUUGCCAAUUUUGACCACUAGGUGGGGGGAAUAAGCGCAAUGUUACUGUGAUAGAGCUAUAAUUAAAAAGAAAAAAAUAUUCUAAAGGAGGACACAAAGGACUACCAUUCCCAGCAUUCCUGUGGGCAGGAGGGGGAGGAGGGGUGCUGGGUUCGACCUUUUUUUUAUUUUAUUUUUUUUAUUUUUGAGCCAGUAUUAAAAUGUGGAGCUGAGUAAUAAUAAUAAUAAUUUCCAGAUUUGUUCACAACGUUUGGUGCCAUGUUUUUAUUUUUAUUUUAUUUCAUAUUUCACUGUUUAGAAGGACUUUUCCCACAAACAAACAAAAUAAAAACACUGUAAACUGAAAAUGUGGAGCUGCAAAGUGUUCAUCAUUUAAACAGACAUUAUUAUAUAAAUAUAAAUGGUGAAAAAUAUUAAAAUUCAACUUGUUUAUAAUUUCGGCAAAAACAUUUUUUUAUUUUAAUUUUUCAGUUAGAGUUGUAUUUCCUGCCAAUUUAUUUAAUUACAUCCACAUUUUUUAUUCACCUUUUUAUUUCAUAAUGCGGCUGUUGUGUAAAAUGAUAAAAUGCUUUUUGAAAUAAAAAUAAAUAAUCUGCUAAAACUCUCAAUAAGAAUAAGCCAUGAAACAUUUAAUAUAAGUGAGUUGAGUUUUAAUAAUUAACACAAUUUCCAUGAGUUUUUAUUUAAUUUUUAACUUUUUUUUAAAUACCUAUCCCACUUUAUUCCAUAUUAUUAUUUCUUAAAUGAAUUACAUUUCUUUUAAUAUUUGUAUUUUAUUUUAUAAUGCCACUCUCAUUCAAAGUGACAUUAUGAAAUAAAAACAUUUUAAAUACAUAUUUCUAACAUGGAAAUAAAAGUGGACUCCUUGAUUUAAUGUUUCCUUUAAAUAUUCAACACUUUGUGGCUCUGUGAGCGGGAUCGAACAGGCGGCUCAUCAUUUGUUUUUGCACAGUGUGAAUGGGUAGAAAACUCAGCGGGUCGCCUCCUGCAGCGUCCUGCAGGGGGCGCUCCUCCGUGUGAUCUGAUGCUGUCUGUCGUUGUCACGUCUACCUCAUUUGCACUGAUAGUAAAAGAAUGUUUGGGUGGAUUAUUGAAGCAUAUUUCUCAUAUGCGGACUUUGGAUUUUUUGCUUAAAUAUUCUCAGUUUAUUUCCCGUAUUUGUGCAAAUGUUUGAUGCAGAAUGAGACAAGGGAGUGGAAGCUGGAAAUGUUUGAGUUUUAAUGUCCUCCUGGACUUUAACAGAGACACUAAAGAGGCGUUCAGGUGCAGCAGGAUGUUGUCGUUUCGAUCUGAAUGUGCUGGUCGAUCAACUUCUCCCUCAAAAUAACCUCAAGAAAUGUUUGUGAGAUUUCAUUUUGCCAACUUUAAUUUUUCUUUGUUGUUGUUUUUUUUUAAAUGCAUUAUUUUGUAAAGAGUUUCAGUGCUGAUCAUUCCGCAGUCGUCUUGUUUCUGUUACUGUUUUAUUUUUGCCAACAAAAGCUGCUGAUCACAGGAAGCUGUGUGCAGUUAUGUGACAUCAGGAUUUCUGUGUUUUCAUGUCCUCAAAGUUAAAGGAACGUUUUGGGAAAUUUUCAUGUUUGCCGUCAGAUGAGAAGAUGUUUAUUAGUUUAAUAAGCAGCAGCUACUGAUUAUGUUUUAUUAUCACGUCAUUUGCUGAUUUAUUUAAUUGAUUAUUGGAUUUUUCUUUUCAGUUGAUAAAAUGUCUCAAAAUAGUGAAACAUUUUGGUAUUUUCUUUACUAUUUUCUCAACCAGUGCACAUGUUUGUGUCUUAGUUUACAGGUUUUUACAAUACUAAUAAUUAUUAUUUUUAAAUUCUGGUAGACAUCAUUUUUUUUAAAUGUUUUGACUCUUCCAAACCGUUAUUUCUUUUUUAUAAAUCUCUGCAUGACUUUGAAUUUUAUUCAUGGGCAUUUACAUCAUAUUUGCAUUUUUUUUUUCAAUAUUUGCUAAAUAAAUUCAAUUAUUUAAAUGUUUUGGUUGAUAAAACGUUUUAAAAUAGUGACAAAUUAAACUUAAUGCAUCAGAAUUUUUUUCCAUCGUAUUUACAUUUUCCUUCAUCUGCAAUAUAAUGUUUGAUACAUAGCAUGUGUUGUUGAUUUUUUUUAAAAGUUGGGAAAAAAUGCAAUCUAAUAAUUAUUUUUUUAAAUUAUUUUAAAUUCUAGUAAAAUGUAAUUCUGGCAGUAUGUUUCAGUCUUUAUUUAUUAAAUUAAGUCAUUUUUCAAACAAAUAUACUGAUAAACAAAAUUAGUUGCAGCUUCUCAUAUGUGAAGUUUUUUUUACCUUUCUGUUUUAUUUUUAUUUAUUUUUUUCUGUCCAGAAACUUUUUGAGGUUUUGGACUUUUCGUUGGAGAAAAAAAAACCAAGACAUUUAAAUAUUUUUUACCGAAUAAAAUAAUCUGCAGGUUAAUUAAUAAUAACAAGCAUGAGUUGCAGACUUUUAUUAUUAGUGGUUUGGGUCAUAAAAAUGACUCAUUUUUUUCCAAACAUCCCAAAAACAUUCAGUUUAUUGUCACAUAAAAAAUGUUUUGUCAUAUUUAUCCUUUUCUCUGUGUCUCUCUGCACUCUGUGGUGCAUUCAGGGACAGUAAACCUUGUUUUUAAAGGUUUCAGUCUGUCUAUGACUCGAUGGCAAACGAGCAAAUUUCCCAAAAUGCUGUUGUGUUCUUCCUUUACUCAGUAGUUUGUAUUUUC